UUCUCGCAGUUUAAAAUGGCGGCGUUGAGCAGCGCCGAGUCCCCACCGCCUGUGUUCAACGGAGACACCAUGGACCGUGAUCCGGAUCGGGAGCCGGGACUACACGAGCUUGGCGCGGGGCUUGGGUCCACCUGCUCCGGGGGGCUUCGUGAGUGUCAGCAGGACAUUCCCGAGGAGAUAUGGAACAUCAAACAGAUGAUUAAGUUGACUCAAGAGCAUAUAGAAGCACUUCUGGACAAGUUUGGUGGUGAACACAACCCCCCGUCUAUAUACCUGGAGGCCUAUGAAGAGUACACCAGCAAGUUGGAUGCCCUGCAGCAGAGAGAGCAGCAGCUCCUGGAGGCCAUUGGGAACAGCUCGGAGUUCUGCUCCUCUCCCACCCCCACCCCACUGCAGGUGAAGCUGGGUCUCCAGGCUGGCCCAGCUGCACCCAACACCCUGACCAUGCUGCAAACCCCUAGCGACGCUGCCCGGGUCAACCCUCGCUCACCUCAGAAGCCCAUCGUCAGAGUCUUUCUGCCCAACAAGCAGAGGACAGUGGUCCCAGCGCGUUGCGGGAUGACUGUGAGGGACUCCUUGAAGAAGGCGCUGAUGAUGCGAGGCUUGAUUCCAGAAUGCUGUGCUGUCUACAGGAUUCAGGAUGGGGAGAAGAAGCCCAUUGGCUGGGACACAGACAUUUCCUGGUUGACAGGGGAGGAGCUCCAUGUGGAGGUUCUAGAGAAUGUGCCCCUGACAACCCAUAAUUUUGUGAGGAAGACGUUCUUCACCUUGGCCUUCUGUGACUUCUGCCGGAAGCUCCUGUUCCAGGGCUUCCGCUGUCAGACAUGUGGCUACAAGUUCCACCAACGGUGCAGUACAGAAGUCCCACUCAUGUGUGUCAACUACGACCAACUGGAUUUAUUACUAGCGUCCAAGUUUUUGGUGCACCACCCCAUUACCCAAGAGGAGGUGUCAUCAGAGGGCACUACACCCGUGUCAGAGGUGUGUCCAUCCAUCCUGCCAUCUGACUCUGCGGGGUCACUUUGCCACUCGGCCGUGUCCCCAUCCAAAUCUAUCCCCAUCCCACAAAGUUUCCGGCCCGGAGAGGAGGACCACCGUAACCAGUUUGGCCAGAGAGACCGUUCUUCCUCAGCCCCCAAUGUUCAUAUCAACACGUCGCAGCCAGUUAAUAUUGAUGACUUGAUUCGUGAUCAAGGUUCACAGAGGUCAGAUGGAGCCCCCUUGACCCACCCAGGUCGCUGCUCAAGGAAGCACCGAACACGGACCUCUAGCCCCAUCCUGUACUCCUACCCCAAUGCCAUUGUGUUUGAUUUUGAGCCCGAGCCUAUUUUCCAAGGCUCCACCACUGUGUCAGCCACACCCCCUGCUUCCCUGCCUGGUUCCCUGACUAAUGUGAAGAUGCGCAGAAGCCCGUGCCAACAGAGAGAGCGCAAGUCGUCAUCCUCAUCUGAGGACCGCAGUAAAAUGAAAACUCUGGGCAGGCGGGACUCUAGUGAUGAUUGGGAGAUUCCAGAAGGUCAGAUCACUCUGGGCCAGCGGAUAGGAUCAGGUUCUUUUGGAACUGUCUACAAGGGGAAGUGGCACGGUGAUGUGGCAGUAAAGAUGUUGAAUGUGACUGCUCCCACUCCUCAACAACUACAGGCCUUCAAGAAUGAAGUUGGGGUCCUCAGAAAAACCCGGCAUGUCAAUAUCCUGCUCUUCAUGGGCUACACUACCAAGCCACAGCUGGCCAUUGUCACACAGUGGUGCGAAGGCUCCAGCCUCUACCACCACCUGCACAUCAUCGAGACCAAGUUUGAGAUGAUCAAACUGAUCGACAUCGCCCGGCAGACGGCCCAGGGCAUGGACUAUCUGCAUGCCAAGUCUAUCAUUCACAGAGACCUCAAGAGCAACAAUAUCUUCUUGCACGAGGACUUGACAGUAAAGAUCGGGGAUUUCGGUCUCGCUACUGUGAAGUCCCGCUGGAGUGGGUCACACCAGUUCGAGCAGCUUUCUGGCUCCAUUCUGUGGAUGGCUCCAGAGGUGAUCCGGCUGCAGGAUAAGAACCCGUACAGUUUCCAGUCUGAUGUCUAUGCUUUUGGCAUCGUGCUGUAUGAGCUCAUGUCGGGGACAUUGCCUUAUUCCAACAUCAACAACAGAGACCAGAUCAUCUUCAUGGUGGGCCGGGGUUACCUGUCCCCUGACCUGAGCAAGGUGCGCAGCAACUGCCCCAAGGCCAUGAAGAGGCUCAUGGCUGACUGCCUGAAGAAGAAAAGAGAGGAGCGACCCCUCUUUCCUCAGAUCCUGGCAUCCAUUGAGCUGUUGGCCCGCUCAUUACCCAAGAUCCAUCGGAGUGCGUCGGAGCCAUCCCUCAAUCGGGCUGGCUUCCAGACGGAAGACUUCAGUCUGUAUGCUUGUGCCUCUCCCAAAACUCCCAUUCAAGCUGGGGGCUAUGGGGAAUUUUCAGCAUUUAAGUAGUGCUGCCCUUGUCACCUUUAAGAUGUCUCAUGUUCCUACAGUGGGUUCAUCCAUAACACAGAAAAAACAGCUAGUUUCAAAGAAUGUGCUACUUUUCUUCCUCUUUACCUGAAGAGCAAAGAUGUUGAUGGAAUCACUUAAAAAAACAAACAAAAAAAACACCACACAAACCUAUUAAAAACCUACAGCUGACCACCAUUUGGUGAUACGAAAAAGGAAAAAAAAAAAAAAAAAAAACAACCCAAAAACAAAACUUGAAAUGAUGCACAUAAAGUACAAUUGACAGUGAAAUGAGUUGCAAACCCUUGAAGGUGGCUGCUAUAUGAAAGAGGAAUAAAUCCAGGAAGUUGGCAAGAAGUCUUAGCAAGCGAGCAUGGACUGCUGGGUUACAGACUGUAUGAUGGAAGCGUCUGACAGAUGGAGCUGAGCAAUGUCCUGCCUUGCUGCUCCCCUGCUGGGGGCACUAUGCAGUACUGGUCAACCAGAGCACAGGAGCCACACCUUGACCAAUGGUUUGUUUUCUGCAGUAGAACUGCCUGGUCAGCAGUAGUUAAUUGGAUAAUGUGUGGGACUGAAGUUAGGUCAUCAGUCAUGGAGAGGAUGCUGAAAGAUGACUUGAAUGACAUUUACAGACAUUUCUUUUUCUUGUACUAUGUUUGUUACAUUUCAAUGUUGCCUAUGGCCGGAGCUGCUGAUAAAUGUUUUUCCUUUACCCUUAUUUUUCAUUCUUUUUUUCUGUUUUCUUUGGUAUUGUACAGUUUUGUUUUGUUUUUUUUUCCUUUGCCUUUUAAGGACAUCAACAUGGGUCCAGUACAUUCCUGCUAGCACACAUCUGUUUGUGGAAAGAGGUAAAUUAUGCAUCAAGAGGAGAACUAAUUUACCACCUAUCAGGCUCUUUUUAGAUGAUGAGAUAUUCUACACUUUUACAGAUGUCCAAUGUUGCCCAAGCACAUAAUGCUCCUUUCCAGUGGUCAAGAUUAUUGUUCUCCUGUGAUCAGCAUUGAGUAGGAGUAUACAUGUUCUCAUAAGAUGAACUCCCAAGGAAUUUUUUCUCCCUUUUUUAUGUCUGAGUUACAUAUGAAUGUGGUGUGCUAUGAGAGAGAUGAAAGAAAACUCAACUUUUUUGUAAUGCUAUAGCUUCAGUAACAUAAGUAAGAUUAAGGUCUGAUUUAUUGUAUUGUAGGAUUCACCAAACCUUCAGGGAGUUCUGCUAGUUACAAAAAUUAAGGUUGUGUAUCAAAAUUACUUAAGUGCUGAUAUGGGAUCAGUUCAUGUGUAACAUCCUAAACGAAUGCAGGUUACCCCUAGCUCAGCAGUUUUACUUGGACAACUGAUACUCAUGUGCCCUGCAAUCCACAAGUAUCUUUUAUGUUGCGUUAGUGGAGUACUUCCUCAGUGCUGCUGCCAUGCUCACUGUGAAGUGGCCGUGUGAAAUGUCAUGCUUCUAUACAUGCCCCUACACAAAAGCUAGGCCAUGUUCUUUGUCUCAGACCUGAUGAAAAUAGACCUUCCUUAGAGACCACAUCUUUGAGGUUUGUAAGGUUUGGUGCAGCGAGGGUCAUGCCAUUUGUUCCAUUGCCCUUUGAGUCAUUCAUUGCGGUAUAUUGACUUAAGAGAAUUUUACAUUGUGUUGUUUUUUCAUGGACAGGCAGGCCUGCACAAUUAAAUUUAUUUAUGUAGCUUUAAUUUUAUUGCAUUUUUUUCCUUGCCUCUAGGAGAGGUUUAUUUUUUUUAGCUAGUUGUUUUCUGUGAUUGAGUAAAUGGGCGUUAAGCUGUGUGUCCUUUGCACUUUUUGUAAAAUGGAUUGAUGCAAACAAGCAAUUUGCCUUUCUAUAGACAAAACAUUUUGUCAGAGUGUUCAAAGCAUGACUAAAACUCAGUAUCACAAUGUGAUUUAAAUAACUUGUGUGUUAUACGAUAUGGCCAUGGGUUAUAAAAGCCAAAGCUUUAGGUAAAAAUGGACCAUAACACCAUUUGUGACACUGUGUUGACGGUAAAGAACCCUUGUUGGAUUUUUCUGAUAUAACACAAAUUGCACACUUAAACAGAUUGCAGGUGCCUUUUUUUGGCAAAUAUCUGCCGUUAUGUUCCCAACGUAAAAAUGUCCAUGAUUUCUCAUGUAAAGGACAACACAUGUUUGUCUUAUUAAACCUUCAGAUCCCCCAAAUGCUUAUUCGAGAGAUUAGAGGCUUCUCGGUUUCUUUGUCCCUUCCACUCUAAUACAUACAAGGAGUUUUACCCAGUUGCUUGUGUCUUGUUUUUCCCCCAGGAAUAUCAAUAUUGUAGUUUGAAUCAAUUAAACAUAUAAUUCCGAAGGAAGAACAAGCGGGUGUUGAGGGGAUUAUGGUGUAUAUGAUUAUGCGUGGUGCCCUUUAGCAUCCAUUUUUGAGACUAUACUGAUUCUUGCCCACAUGCUGUUGACUCCCAAUCAUUUUAGUUGGCAUACCUAAAAUAGGACAGAAAGAGAUGGCACGUUUUUAGGAGUGCUGUAUUUAUUUGCAAGAUUUUCUUAUUUUAUACGAGAAUGUUACUAAAGAGGUUUAUCUUUUUGAAGGAUUGUUCUCACUUGACUAUGAAAUAUUUGGGGACCUUUUUUUAAAACUUAAUUUUCCCCCACAUGCCUUUCUCAACUCCCACUUAUUUCUUAGUUUUCCUGUUUUGUGUCUCCUUUAUAUACCCCCCAGGCACCUUCCUUCCUUUGCCUUGCCUGCACCUUAAAGCCCUAGCAGUUCAUUCACAUGAGAACCAUCAUUAAAGCUUUUGGGAGACUCUUUUCACCUGUAAAUAGCUGUACAAAGAAAAUAUUGUCUGUUUGCUAGGAGGCAUGGAGUUUAAAAAACCAAUAAAAUGAGUUAUACAGAUGUUUCCAAUAAAGAAAUAAAGGUUAAGAAAAGACAUUUUGAUAGAUGAAAUUCUGAAAAAAAAGUGUAAAAAUAUUUAAGACUAUAAUAUAAGAGGGGAAAGAGCUUAAUGUAUUUGUUGUGAAUAUGAAAAACUGAUAUAUUAAAGAUGUGCAUGAAAAA